AUGGGAGAUGAAAAGUGGCAAAAGAUUUUCAUGAUUAAUAAACAAAAUAGGAAAUCUAAAGUUGGACACAAUGUGCAUAGUGGAGGAUCUAUAUCUGCUAGAGAAAAUGCCAAAAAAAUGAGAGUGGAGUUGCAUAGGGAACCAACAUGUUUUGAGCUUUACCAACGUCUUCAUAGACCAAAGGGAAAACCAAAUGAGUGGUUUAAUGAAACACAAGCUAAGAUAGUUGAGAUGUACCAAACUCAAAUAUUAGAGAAAAACUCGCAAAGUGGUGGGGGAAACAACGAGCAAUCUAUCCAACAAUCUGAUAAUGAUGUUUACAUGAAUGCUGUUGGAGGCAUAAACAAGAAAGGACGCAUAUUUGGAUUAGGAUCCGUAGCUGCUAAUGUUAAAUAA